GUAAUCGCAACAGUAAAUAAACACAACACAUUGUACUUUAACAGUGCACAACACGUCGCCAUUGCAAUCGAACGUAACAGCAGAUGACAGGAAAAAUGGCGGGAAAAGUUGCCGUUGUCACCGGAGCAAACAAAGGAUUAGGUUUCGCCGUCGUUAAAGGAUUAUGCAAAAGGUUUAACGGUACGGUCUAUUUAACCUCAAGGGACGAAACAAGAGGAUUACAAGCGGUGAAAAAAUUGAACGAUUUAGGACUGACACCAUCGUACCAUCAACUCGACGUAAGUAGCAAAGAAAGUGUUAAAGUAUUUUCCGAGUUUAUCAAAUCGAAACACGGUGCAAUCGAUGUUCUUGUUAACAAUGCAGCAAUCCUUGAAUGCGAACAAGUUUACCCAGAUUAUGAGGCCGCCAAACGUAACAUUGACAUAAAUUAUCGCAGCCUAUUGACAGUUGAAGAAUUCUUAUUCCCUCUGCUAAGAGAUGGCGCUAGAGUCGUAAAUGUUUCAAGUGCUUGCGGUCACUUAUCAAAUUUGAAAAACAAAAAGUGGUUGGACAUAUUGCAGCGAGAAGAUUUGACUACAGAGCAAAUAAACAAUUUUGUUGGCGAGUAUUUAGAGAGUUUAAGAAACGGAACAUUUAAUAAAGACGAUUUUGCGGAUGAAGGAAAACAUGCAGAACACCGAGUAUCGAAAGUAGCCCUUACUGCUCUUACUAUGGUCCAACAGCGGAAGUACAGUAACGUUUCGAUAAACGCAGUUCACCCGGGUCACGUGAAGACUGAUAUGGCACAAGGCGGAGGUGAACUUGAACCAGAUGAAGCAGCGGAAACUAUUUUAUACUUAAUUUUAGACGCAUCGCCCAACUUAAAAGGUAGCUUUUUGUGGUACAAUAAGAAAUUAGUUGACUGGUUCGACAUUGAAGGUGACUUUUACUACAAACAUGAAUGUUUGGUGAAGUAAAAAUAUUUAUUUUUAAAUAAAAUGUGCGCAUUUGUUAAAAAUAUUUAAAAAAUUGUAUGAUGUAUUUAAAAAUAAAAUAUCUACCAACCAUAUAUUUUAAGUCCUGAGAAAACGGAGUUUUAUAUAUGCGUUUAAAGUGUAUACAUUACUAUAAACUCAUGAAAUGGACGUCUUGACGUCUUCAAUAAUUAUUAAACCCCUAAUAAAGAUAAUUUUAAUAUUAA